AUGUUUUGUAGUAAAUGCUCACUGACAGUUCGUUGCGUCUUUCUACCUUUGAAUGAAAUAUCAACCUUCAUCACUACUCGUCAUUCCUCAACUACGUUAAAUGCACGAAUGAAGAAACUCAUUGAUUCCAAACGAUAUCGACAUGUUCUCGACAUUUUUGAUAAGCAAUCACACGCUGCUGAUGAUUUCGCUCUGAACAUGGCACUCAAAGCGUGCAGCAAUUUGCAAGACUAUCGACGUGGACGUGGAAUCGUUCGACAACUCUCACCCAAAUCUCUCAACAAUCCUUUCAUUCAAACAUCACUUAUUCAUUUCUACAUGAAAUCCGGUGACUUGAAGAGUGCAACCGAUUUGUUCAACUCAAUUCCGGUGAAGACGAAUCCACUUUAUACAACAUUGUUCAAAGGGCUGAUAUCGAUGAAAAAGUCGAAAGAAGUGUUGAACUUGUACGAACAGAACAAAAUGAAGUUAGACGAAGGUGUCUUUGUGAUGGUAUCAAAGGCAUGUUCUGAAAUAUGUGAUGAUCGAGCGAGAAGAACUGGAAAACAGUUAGCCGAUAAUUUACCUAAAGAUCUCAAAGGUUCCGAAAAAGUGAUGAACUCGACGAUCUUUAUGUUGAUGAAAUUUGGAAACGUCGAUGAAGCUGAGCAACUCUUUCGUCAGAUGAAACACAAAACUAUCUACACUUAUGGUGCUAUGAUGAAAGGUUACAAUCAUAACCAGAUGUUUGAAAAAGCACUGAAUUUAUUUCAUCAAAUGGAUCUGGCUCCUAAUGAAAACAUACUAACCAUCAUCUUCAACACAUGUACACAUCUAUUUAAUGAUCGAGCAUUACAAAUAGGAAAAGAACUUCUGCGCAAGAUGAACAAGUCCUAUUAUAACAAUGAUAUCGUCAUCACAUCAGCUAUUCACAUGUUGAUGAAAUUCGAUCUGGUGAAUGAUGCUGAACGAUUGUUUCGUCAAGUCAAAACAAAAAGUGCUCUCACUUAUCAUGCAAUGAUCAAUGGAUACAGUCAACUAGACGAGUUGGACAAGUGUUUUCAGCUGUUUGAUCAAAUGAAAAGUGAUCAAAUUCUUCCGAACGAAGUUGUGCUUCUUUCAACGAUCGGUGUUUGUGCAAAAAUUGGCAUACGCUCAGUAUCUCAGUCAAUUGUUGAUCAAAUACCUGCCGAUCUGAAAAGUAGUCGAAAUAUUCAAAAUGCGUUGAUUUCCAUGUGGGGCAAAAAUAGCUCGAUAGGAAAAAGUAAAGAAAUAUUCGAAUCAUUGAGUGAUCCAGAUGUGGUGGCAUAUAAUUCAAUGAUAAAUGCAUAUGGAUUGAACGGGAUGGGUGUUGAGGCUGUGGAACUGUAUAGAAGAAUUCCUGUUGACAUGCGUGAUGAAGUGUCCCGUACAUGUGCGUUGAAUGCGUGUUCUCAUGCCGGUUUGUUGAACGAAUGUCGUCAUAUAUUCGAUCAGAUACCUCACAAAACAGUAAAGAUUGUCACCGCAAUGGUUGAUUGUUUGAGUCGUUUGGCAAUGUUUGAUGAAGCAGAAUCAGUCAUCGAAGAUUAUGAAAAGAUAAAUCCACCUUCGUCUGCUAUGUACAUGGCAUUGCUGUCUGGAGCCCGCAAUGUCCGCUAUUCGAAUCUCUCAGAUCGAAUCUACAAGAAAAUGCAACAACUGUUCCCUGAUGAGAAAGACACACUCAUAGCCGGUUCCGUUCUCUUGUCAAAUAUUUAUUCGUCCAUAGGUGAUCAUCAUCGUGCAGGAGAUAUCCGAACCACUAGAAUCAAACAGUUUGGAUAUAAUGUGAAAGUUGGCUUAUCGUGGACUUCGGUGAACAACCAACUGGUGCGAUUCAAAGCUCAUGAUCAUUCUCAUCCUCAAUCGGAGGAGAUCUAUGAAGAACUGCAGCGUUUAUCGUGUGAGCUCCGUGAACAUGGUCACACAUUCGACAGCAGUUGGAUCACUCGUCCAGUGAAAGAGGAUGAAACAGUGGAAAGUGUGUUGUGUGGUCAUAGUGAAAAGUUGGCGAUCGCAUUCAACUUCAUUCAACAACCACCUCCUUCCAUCAUACAAAUCAGUAAAAAUCUUCGGAUUUGCGGUGAUUGCCAUGCUGCUACGAAACUCAUAACGAAAAUGCGUCGGUGUGAAAUCAUCAUUCGGGACGCAAAUCGAAUUCAUCAUUUUUCCAAUGGAGAGUGUUCAUGUCAAGAUCAUUUCUGA